AGAAUGUUCAGACAUAGAGAUUUAAAUACGUUUUUAUCUAAUUACUAGUAGUUUGAUCGAUAAACCAAGAAACCCUACGAAUAUUUGAAUCUGUCAUAUCAUCAAUAAUUUGAACAUUCGCCCAUUAGAAAACAAACAUAUACUUCAAAGCCUAAUGAUAUCUAAUAUAAAAGUCUUCAAGAACCUUCCUUCUUAAGACAAAGCUUAUUGCCUAAUUAUGAACCAACAAAAUGUUCAAAUUAAAGAAAUGGAAUUAUCAAAGCUUAUGCUGCAAAUACGAAUUAAGGGAUUGUUAGAGAUUAUAAUGAAGAUAGAGUCUCCAUAAUAUUAAAUAUUAUCAAACCUCAAAGUAGAAGCACAGAAUAAUGGCCAAAAUGUUCAUUUUUUGGAGUUUAUGAUGGACAUGGGGGAGCUGCAUGUGCUGAUUUUUUGAGGGAUAAUUUGCAUUAAUUUGUAGUUAAAGAACCAGAUUUCCCAUGGAAUCCAGUUGGUGCUAUCACCAAAGGAUUUGAAUAAGCAGAAAAAUAAUUUUUAUAAAUUGCCCAAGAAUCUUUUAAUAAGGGAGUACCUGAAAGAAGUGGAUCUUGCGCUAUUGUAGUAUUAGUUAUAGGAGAUACUUGUUAUGUUGCAAAUGUAGGAGAUAGUAGAGCUGUGCUAAGUGCUGCAUCUGGAAGGAAAGCUAUUGCAUUAUCACAUGAUCAUAAACCUGAGUUAGAAUAAGAAAGAAUUGUGAAAGGUGGAGGAUCUGUUUAUCAAACUCAUGGGAUCAAUGAGGAAGGUUUGUAGAUAUUGGGACCUGUAAGAGUUAAUCCAGGUAGAUUAUCAGUAUCAAGAACAUUUGGAGAUAUUGAAGCUAAAUUUGAAAAAUAUGGUGGAAAUCCAAAGGUUGUUAUUGCUGAACCUGAAAUUAAGUAAUUCAAAAUAACUAAUGAACAUGAUUUUAUUGUUUUAGGAAGUAAUUUAUUAAAUUUUACCAAAAGGUGAUGGAAUAUUCGACAAACUAAGUUCUUCUGAUGUAAUGAAUAUCAUCUGGAAGAAUAUUCUAAAUUGCCAAGUAGGAAAUAGUUUACACAAUGUACUAUCCACAUCAGUUGAAUCUGUACUUAAGGAAAGCAUCUAAAAAAAGAGUUAAGAUAAUGUUACUUUAUUGGUUGUUGCUUUUUCGGUCGCAUCUCUAAAAGAGGAGGAACUCAGAAUGAAAACAUCAUCAUCAAUUGAAAAAUUAGUUAAAGUUCCAUUAACCAAUAAUAUUCCAAAUAUGAGAAUGAGGUAUUAAUUCAAAUUUACUUAUUUAGUUAUUCCAAAAAGACAAAUGAUGAAAAUAAUCCUUUCUUCCUUAACACAUAGAAGAUGAAUCCGCAUCAGAAGUUAAAAGUAGAAGAAACAACCAGAUACAAACCUAGUUAUAUUAACUGA